AUGGCUCAGCCAAACCCCUACCUCCUUGCUUGCGACAACCCCGCGGCGCUACUGGAUUUGCUACGGUCCAAUCCCGCAAUCGCAUCCAGCCAAGAUGAGUCUGGAUACUCGCUUCUACACGCUGCCGCAUCCUACGGUCACACCGAUCUCCUCCGCGCGCUUGUGAAAGAGUUCAACGUUGAUGUCAACCUGGUGGACGAAGACGGCGAAACAUGCCUGUUCGUGACAGAGCAGCCCAAGGUCGCCCGGUGCCUGGUCGAAGAGCUCGGUGUGGACUAUAACAAGACAAACGAUGAAGGCAUGAAGGCAUACGAGAAGAUGGAGUCAGAGGAAGAGAACCCCAACGUGUCCACCUACCUCCGCGAAGUUAGUGGUGCCCCUGCUGCUCCUGUGGCCGACUCGCCUGCAGGCCCGCUCAAUGCCCCGCCGCCGAUCCCUGGCAACAUGCAAGUCAACGUCGGUACUAUGUCGGAGCAAGAAAUGAAUGCAGGCGAAGCCGAGGUGGAUCCCGAGUUCAAGCGACGGAUUGAUGAGCUGGCGGCUCGUGAUGACUUCAACAGCGAAGCCACCCAAAAUGAGCUACGUGAGCUUGUGAUGGAUGCUAUCGCUAGCUCGAGCAUUGAGACUAAUGAGCGCGAAUCACGCCAACGGACACAAUAA